AUGGCGAAAGCCCUGCAUCGCGUGCUCGCCACGUUCGGGACCGCCGCGGACGGCAGACUGGGCCUCGGCUUCCCCCUCAAAAGCCAGUUCUAUCCACGUAUCGUCGCCAGCCUGGCGGGCUACUCCAUCAAGCAGGUCGCCUGCGGCGGAGCGCACACGGCUGUCGUGACGGACGACGGCGCCUUGUUCACUUUCGGACUGAACUCCUGGGGGCAGCUCGGCCACAGCAGACAAGACAAAUUUGUGGCGAGUCCCCUGGAGGUCGGACUGCCCGACCCGGUUGUGGCUGUGGCGGCGGGGGGGUAUCAUACCCUGGCAUUGACAAGCGCGGGGGAGGUGUGGUGCUGGGGCAUGGCGGGGGAAGGGCAGCUGGGCAUCGGGGAGCCCUCGGAAGGAGCAACGGGCGGCAGGCAGGUAGAGCCGAGAUUGGUGGGGUCGUUAUCCGGUGCGGGUGUGGUGUCCCUUGCUGCGGGUGACCACCACUCAUUGGCUCUGACGCGGUCGGGGGAGCUGUUCAGCUGGGGCAGGGGAGACCAGGGGGCGCUGGGGCAUGGAACAGUCGCCAUCACCGCCGGGCCGUACAGCUCCGGAGCGGUUGACUCCCGGGGGAAUGCGUACGUCUGGGGGUACGGCACUGGGUACCAGCUGGGUACGGGUCGUGCAACCAACGAGAUGCAGCCGGUCUUGGCCCUAGCAGCCCAGGCAUCAGCGGCUCAGAACCCCCCCGGCCUUGGGGCCCAGCCGGCACUCGGUGGUGCGCAGCCGCAGGCUUCGAUCGUCGUGCAAGUUCACGGCUACCCACAGAACGGCCUGCCGCAGCAGCAGCAGCAGCAUCACCAGCAGCAGCAUCACCAGCAGCAGCAGCAACACCAACCGGGGCAACAGCAGCACGUGUUGCAGCUACACUCGGCCCUGGGCAACUCCACCGCCACCACCAGUACUGCCAGUACCACCCCGCACCACCACCAAGUAUUCAAGGUGCUCCCCAGCGGCACCACUCGCGUGGUGAAGGCGGGACAGCCCUUCCCAAACACCACCCUCGUUCAGACAGCGGUGGCAGUACCCGCUGGCAACAACCCGCAGCUGCACUCGCACCCACAGGCCCAGAUACAGCCGCAGCUCGGGGUCAUAACUAUUCGGCCUCAGAACAUCGCAGGGCCUCCUUCGCAGCAGAUUCAGCAGCAACCGCAGCCGCAAGCCCAGCAGCAGCAGCUGGUUAUGCAGCAGCCUCCGCAGCAGCAGCAGCAACAAUUGCAGCAGGCAAUGCAGGUCCAGUUGCCCCAGUCCGGAAUGGAGGCCCUCAUGACGCGAUUCCCAGUCUCAGCGCAGUCAGAGCACCAGCAACAGCAGCAACAGCAGCAACAGGUGGCACAUCACCACGGGCAGCCGGCCAAGGUGACGCUGCUACAACAAGGCCCCCCUGCGGUACUGACCCAGCAAUCGUCGGCGCCGCAAGUCCUUGUGGCGCAGUCGGGGCAGCAAAUAGUCAUCCAACAACAGCACAUGAUCCAACAGCAUCAUCAUAAUCAUCAUUAUCAACAGCAACAACAACAGGGUAAGCUGCAACAACGCCAGUCAUCAGCGCCAGCGGCCCUGCAGGCCGUCACUAUACGGCCUGUUGGCGGCCCCGCGGGAGGAGGAGGAGGUGCCGUCGGCGGCUCUUCCUCCAUCGUUUGCUCCUCUGUCAACAACGGCCCCGUGACGCUUCAGCCUGUGUACGCGCCGACGCCGACGCCGCCAACGGCGGCGGCGGUUACAGCCGUCGUGCGCCCGGCUGUGCGCAUUCCUAAGCUCGGCACGGUCGCCACCUAUAACCCGGUGACAGGGGUGCGCACGGUCGCCACGGCGAGCGGCCCCAGCGCGGGCGCCCCCCUGUCCUUGCUUCCCACCAGUUUGCCUGCUGCGCUGGUCAACCAGGUCAGUGCGUUGCAGCAGCACCAGCACCAUAAUCACCAUCACCACCACUACCACCAGCAGCAGCACCCGCACCCGCACCCUGGCGGCGCCGCCAGCCCGACGGGACCCCUCAGGGCGGUGCUGAAUGUGCAGCAGGACCCGCAACCGCCCCACGGCGGCGGCGGCGGCCAGCAGGCGCAGCUCCUGCGGCAUGUGGGUUCCGUGAAUUCGGUGGCCUUGGCCCUUUCCAAUGCGCCGUUGGCGACGCAGCAGCAGCAGCAGCAGCAGCGCCAGACAACGGUGCCCGUGUCGGGCGGUGGCCCUGGACUUCAGGCGCCUGCGACCCACCUGGGUGCCGCUGUGCCGAGUGGCGGCAACGCCCUGCAACUCCAGCAUCAGGCUCUGCCGCCACAGCAGCAGCAGCAGCAGCAGCAAUGCCACGUUGUCGCCGCCGCCGCCGCCGCCGUUGCUGCUGGCGGUCACCGGUUACAGAGGCCGCUGCCUGCUGAGGGCCCCCCGCCCCCGGCCCCCCAGCAGGUGGUGAACAUCACCCUGUCUGACGGUACCACGGCAACCACGGUCAUGGAUCAAGCGACCCUGGCGAGAAUGCUCUCCGUGUCGUCGCGCGGGCAGGCCGCUAGGCUGCAACAACAACAACAACAGCUGCAGCAGCAGCAACAGCAGCAGCAAGCAGGACAGAGCGGUGCUCCCGUCGGUGCUCUCGGCGGGGGUCCGAUUCACCUCCAACAGCUGCAACCUCUGCCUCUGCAGCCGCAACCACAACAGUCACAGCAGCUGCAGCUGCAGUCGACGAAGAUGCAUGCCUCGGCCGCACCGCAGUUGGCAGGUUCAUCGGGCCUACUAACAGUCCUCGGCCCCCCGGGUAAAGGCCCGCGCUCCGGCGCCGGCGUCAUCGGCGGUGGUGGUGGUGGUGGUGGUGAUGGUAGCGGCGGAUUCGAGCACCUUGCCGGCUUGCAGGCAGUUCAGCUAACCGCCUCUGCGCCGGCUGCCGUAAGCGGGGUGGGUCCCCCACGGAUCCUAAUCAGGACAUCGAGCCAGACGGGCUCUAACCACACAUUUCAAGCGCGGGCGCUCACGGCGAAUAACAACAACAACAACAACAACAACAACAACAGCAGCCUUGCCAACAUGCAAAAGCAGCAGCAGCAGAACGUGUUUCUAGCGCCGGGAUACCAUGCACAGCAACCGCAGCAGCAAUAUACCUUGAGUAAUCACAAACAGGUGCAGCAGCAGCAGCAGCAACAGACUAUUCAAAUGCUGCAGCUGCAACAGCACACGUCCUCGAGGGGCCGUGUUUCCGGACAGGGAGGAGGGGUUGCUGCGGAGCCGACAGCGGCACUGUCGUUGGACCCGUCACCAUCGGCCCUGGCGCAGCUGCAAGCAUGGGGCGUGCAGCCGCAGUCGCUCCAGCAGCAGCACCUGCGCCCCGGGGCAGUGGAGGGCCCCGGCGCGGUGGACCUGGGGGGGGGGUUCGGCCCCAUGUUGGCCGAGCAGCACCCACAACAGCGCAUGCCGGGCGUCAUGUCAAUAACACGAGAACGCUUCCCCAUGCAGCAGCCGGGGGACGUUGGUGCGCACCGUGUCGGUGGCGGCGGCGGCGGCGGCGAGGGCAACACUGGGGUUGGUUUCGGCGGAGGACUCAGCUCUGGCCGGCUAUUGGAGACUGACGGGAGCCUGUUGCUGGCGGCGGCGGAGGAGGAUGCUGCUGCCGUGGCGGCGGCGGCGGCGGCGGGCAUGUCGUCAUGCGGGGGCGACCCCGCGGCUGCGUCUGCGUUUGGCGGCGUCGGGAGUAGCGGUGGCGGUGGCGGCGGUUCCCGGGGUGGCCUGAAGGCCAUCCUGGUGUCCAUCGGUCAGGAGCUGGCCCGUCACGGGAUCACCGUGGAGACGGCGGUGACGUCGGGCUGGCUGGGGGCGCUGACGGCCAUGAACGUGGCGGUGCUGGCGGACGCCUUCGCAGAGGAGGAGCGAAACCUGAUGAUGAUCCACCACCAGCAGCAGCAGCAGCAAGGUAUGGUUAGCAAGAACGGGCAGCAACUAGUCGCCGUGCCCCUCACCGGGAUGCAGCUCGGGCAGCUCCAGCAGCUCCAGCAGCAGCAGCAGCAGCCGUCGGAUACGGCAGCGGCGGUAUGGAGUCCCACCGGCUCCGCGGCGGAUUGCGCGCCACCCGCGAUGGUGGCGGCGACGGCGGCGGCGGCGGCGGCAGCUUGUGAUUCUGGUGGGCCCGAUGUCCGGAUUGUGGAACUCUGCAACGGCCGCGACUCUAUCUCGGUCUCCUCCUUCAACAUCAACACGGCAUCGGCCUCGCGGACCGGUGUUCUAUCGAUGGCGCCGUCGGAGGAUGGGGCGAGUACGACCAGCGGCGGCGGCGGCAGCGGUAGUGGCGGCGGCGGUCGGACCGAUGCGUGGCUGGCGGACGUGUUCGGAGAGCAGCAGUGGCCCCCAUUCGGCGGCCAUAUGAAGGUGAUGGCGGACGAGAUCGGACUGAGCGCGCAGCCGCACCUCUACAACUUCCGUCAUUCCAUGCCACAAGCCCUGUCGUCGUACAGCGCUUCUUCUACCGAGAUGUUGAGCAAGCGUGGCGGCAGCGGCAGCGGCGCGGCGGCGGCGGCGGCGAUAUCCGAAUGUAACGAGGCCUGCUUGCGGAUGUUGCCUUCCCGACAACGUCAGCCGCAGCAGCUCCUGCUACACCCUGGGAGCGUCAUCGGAGCUGCAGCAACCGCUACAACCGCUACAACCACCGCUGAGGGCGGCGGCGACGGUGGCAAUUUGCAGAGCGGCCUGUUGCAAGUGUCAAGUCCGCCACCGGCCGACGGCGGCGGCGACGGAAAUGGCGAUGGCAGGGACUGUCCCUCUUCCGCUCCCGCCUCCUCCUCCGCCGCCUCCGCCUCCUCAUCGUCGAUGUCGGCGUUAUCUGCCGCCGCCGCCUCCGCCGCCGCCUCCUCAUCGUCGUCGUCGGCGUUAUCCGCCGCCGCCGCCUCCUCCGGUCAUGAGGCCUUGGUGUUGAAGGACAGGAAGGAGAUUGAGAACCGGUUUGCCAAGCUAGACCUGGGAUGUGGCUUCUUCUGA